AUGGGCGAUCAACUGCUGAGUGUUCAUUUUAUGAUUGAUAAUUAUGUAACAAUAGCUUAUGCAUUAAUGGAAACCAAAUCAAGAAAUUCGUAUCAGUGUGUAAUGGAUUAUAUGAAAAAUAAUUUUUUUCCCAACCUAUCACCAUCAUUGAUAAUGACUGAUUUUGCAUCGGCUCUUAGAGAUGCAUUAUCUUCUAGUUUAGGUGUUAAAGGCACACGUGUCUUAGGAUGUUGGUUCCAUCACAACCAGGCAGUAUGGAAAAAAAUGAAAUCCCUAAAUUAUUUACAAACUAUCAAUUCAGAUCCAUAUGCGUUGAAAAUCUUAAUGUGUUUACCAUUAUUGCCCAGUGCAGAAAUUGAACAAGGUUUUCUUCUCACUAAAGCUUAUGCUAUCCACCACAACGUUCCAUUACCUAAUUUGUUUGAAUAUUACCAAAAUUAUUGGAUAAGACAUGUCGGACUUAAUUUAUUAUCUGUGAAUGGAGUCUCAAGAAGGACUAACAAUAAUUUGGAAAGUUUUCAUAAUUUUUUGAGACACAAGUUUUCUAUCGCACAUCCGAAUUUAUGGGUCUUUCUUGGUAAUUGUUAA